AGAGCAAAAACACACGAUUAUAUAGCUCUUUCUAUCAAAACCUUUCGGUUCUAAUGGCGGAUAAUGCUGUUUCCUCGCCAUUCUUGACGAUGGUCGUCGUGAAUUUCGGAUUUUCUCUGAUGAACGUUCUUCUCAAGAAGGUCCUGGACAUGGGUCUGAGCCCUCUCGUCUUUGUCACUUAUCGUCUUUUGGUUUCCACCAUUUUCUUGGCCCCGGUCGGUUUUUUCUGGGAAAGGCAGAGCAGACCAAAGCUUACACUUCAAAUCCUAUUCUCUCUCUUUUGCUCUGCAGUUGUCGGAACCUCUGUGACACAGUACCUCUUCCUCCUCGGAAUUCAGUACACAUCUGCAACAUUCGCUUGCGCCUUUGUCAACUUGACUCCCGUCUUAACUUUUAUCAUGGCACUACCAUUCGGGUUAGAGAGAGUUAACAUAAGGAGCAACACGGGACGGGCCAAAGUAGUGGGGACGGUGGUUUGCGUCGGAGGCGCCAUGCUAUUAACGUUGUACAGAGGAGCGCCUUUGUUCGGCAACCGCAGCUCGGAUGAUGUCAGCGUCAGGGAAACGAGGUUGAUCACGACGUCGUCAAAGGGAAGGCCGUCGGGAGAGAGAUGGAGCUUAGGGACGGUGGCUUUGGUAGUGGGAAGCUUCUUGUGGUCGUCAUGGUUCUUGGUUCAGUCCAAAGUUAGCCAGAGGUACCCCUGCCAGUGUAGCAGCACCGCCAUUAUUUCGUUCUUCGGCUCUAUUCAGUCGGCCCUCCUGUGUUUGGCUACGAGCGGGUGGAAACCCUCCGCUUGGGCUCUAAAGGGUACCUUAGAGAUUCUCACUGUCCUCUAUGCUGGGAUAGUGGGAUCAGGGCUGUGUUACGUGGGGAUGUCAUGGUGUGUGAAGAAAAGAGGUCCUGUCUUCACUGCGGCGUUCAGUCCCCUUAUUCAGAUUAUGGCCGCCUUGAUCGACAUUCCUUUCCUCCAUGAGCAACUCCAUCUCGGCAGCUUGUUGGGAUCAAUGAUAGUGAUUAUCGGACUGUACACUCUUCUGUGGGGUAAGAGGAAGGAGAUUAAGACAAGCCAGGAGGGACAGAACCCGAAAGAAGAGGAUCCUCAGCUCCACGGUCUCAGAGUCCUGGGAGAUCCACCUUGUCCUUGAUUAUUUUCCCUAUAUAUAUAUAUUUCGGUUCUAUAAUUAAUAUUAUCAUUAAAAAAAUCAUGUUUUCUAUAUCCAUAAUAAAGUUGGCCUGAAGAAUGAAAAAAUAAAAAGCAAAAUCAAGUCAAGUAUAAUUUUCUUCCGAGAUUUAAGAUAGAUGAGUCAUCAUCCCAUUGGUAGUUUUGUGCGUGUGUGUAUAUAUAUAUAUUGGAGUAUUCGGUUAUAUACGGAACUAUUAUUAUUGGU